AUGAUGACGGGGCUGGUGGGCAGCCCGGUGGCUGCCGUCAUGCAGGAGAACUUCGGGUGCUCCGUGGCCAAUCGCUUUUACCAGCUGCUGGACGACGAGUCGGACCCGUUCGACAUCCUGCGCGAGGCCGAGCGCCGCCAGCAGCAGAGGAAGAAGCGCGACGAGGCGGCGGCGGUCGCCAGGAGAGCCGUGCCCGGUGGCCGUGUGGGUGGCAGCAGGAGGGAGACCCAGAAGGAGCGCAAGCAGCCGGAGAGCUGCCCGGCACCCUCUCCUGCGGCGCCGCCGCAGCCAGGUCCAAAGCGAGCGCCCAGGCAGGGAGAACAACAAGGAUUUAGCGGCAGAAGUACAGAGUGGAAACAAGGCAAAACUGAAUGGAGACCAUCUUUCAGGGAAUACCGUCCCUAUGGAGCCCAAAGACAAGUGGAAUUCUCAGUAGAACGACCAGUGGAAAGAUUAGACUAUGAAAGACCAAUAAGAGGUCGUGGUGGUGGAAGAGGUGGAAUGAGAGGUAGAGGAAGAGGUGGUGGAUUAAAUGGAAAUUUUGAUGGGUUUGAUCAAAGAAGAAAACGAGAAUCUGAAAAACAAAGUGGGAACGAUAAAACUGGGACGGAACAGACUGCAUAUGUGGAAGAGACUGUGGAAACUCCUGAACAGCCAGGGACAUCUGAAGGGGAGCCUCUGAGCAAACCUGCUGAAGGAGAGCCAAUGGAAGAAGUGGUUCAAGAAAUGACAUUAGAUGAGUGGAAAAAUCUUCAGCAACGGAAUCGACCAAAGCCCGAAUUCAACAUUCGGAAGCCAGAAUCCACUGUUCCUUCCAAAGCAGUGGUGAUUCACAAGUCAAAAUACAGUGAUGAUUUGCAAAAAGAAGACUUUGAAGAUGAUUCUCAUGUCUUUCGAAAACCAGUGAAAGAUAUAACUUCUCAGCUGGAUAUUCAUUUUGGGAGUCUUCCUCGCCCUGGCCGUGGAUCAAGAGGAGCACGAGGUGGUCGUGGUCGUGGCAGAAGAUCUGAAGAGACAGGGCCUCGAACAGAAGUAGUGGUGCAGCUUGUUGCUCCAAAUCCUGAUGAUCCUGAGGAUUUUCCAGCUUUAGCUUGAAGACCCAUCAUGAAUGGUGGUAUAUCUCAAAGUCAGUUUGUAACUAUGAAGAGACCAGCUCUAUGCUGGUGUGGAUUAAGGAAGCCUGUUUGUUUCCUUUUGGAAAGUUGUUUGGGUGUUUGGUGUGGAAUGUUUGCAGCUGUCUGCUAAUAGAGUUGGGUUCUCGAAAUAUGGGUGGACUGGGAUCCUGUCACAGGUUCCAGUGUCUGCCUCCAUUUGUGAAACCUAUGGGAAGGCUUACAGUAUUUCCCUACUAGGCUUCAAAUGAAGUUAAAGGGAAGAGUGUUUAAAAAUGUAUAUAUAGAGAUUAUAUUAAGUUCUCCAUGACACCAUGGUGAAAUGCAAACUGUACAACAUGAUCUACAAUUGGGACUCAAUUUCACUGUACAUUUGAAAGCUGUUUCCUUUGGGUGAAGUGUAUACUUCAGACAGUUGCAAGUUGCCGUCUUCAGUUUGGCAAAUAAAGAAAAGUGCACACUG